AUGGGGCGUGGAGGAUCUAAAAUUAAGGAGCUUGAGGAACUAUCUGGCUCGAAGAUAAAGAUUUUCAGUGGAGAUUAUGAUGCAGAAAUCAAGAUUUUUGGGAGCAUUGAGCAACAAAAUAAGGCUAAAACCUUAAUUGAAGAUAUUGUUGAAGGACGUGAAAGAUCAGAAAGAGGUGGUCAUUUCCACCGAAUUACUUGUUGCCAAAGUGAAAUCUGGAGACAUAUCCUUGGGAAGGAGCAGCUCCUGGGCAAUCUUCUGCUGAAGUUGGCUGGGCGAGAUUUUCAGUGUACACCUUCUCCGGGGGAGAUUGCCCUCACUGGGCCAGGCCGGAAAAAGGAAUGGGGGUAUUCAAGUUUAGAGUUCAUGUCAGACAUAUCUUUUCGUAAAGAUGAAAUCUCAUUCUUGAUGAAUGUUUUCAAAUCAGCUAUGUCGCUCUUGGAGGAUUUGCCUCCAAUUGAAAAAAACUUCUACAAAGAAUCCUCAGCUGUAGCAUCAAUGUGUCAAGAUGAUGUGAUUGAAUGGAGAAAAGAAAACAAUAAUAUUAUUUGUGAUGACCUGAAGGAGGAUCACAAAAGACAGAUUCCCAAUCCUGUGUGCUGUUUUGAAGAUGCAUUUCAUCCAUUUCCUGAAAUUAUGACUGCAAUAGAGAAAGCUGGAUUUGAUCGACCUACUCCAAUCCAGUCACAGGCAUGGCCAAUAAUUCUUCAAGGAAUUGAUCUCAUCGGAAUUGCCCAAACUGGUACUGGUAAAACACUGGCAUAUUUACUGCCAGGAUUCGUACAUUUGGAUCUGCAGCCAAUUCCAAGAAAUCAACGUGAUGGUCCUGGAAUGUUGGUCCUUGCUCCAACUCGUGAAUUAGCCCUUCAAGUAAAGGAGGAGUGUUCAAAAUACAAAUAUAAAGGAUUUGAGAGUUUAUGUAUAUAUGGGGGUGGUGAUCGGAAAAAACAAAUAAACGUGGUCCAUAAAGGUGUGGAUAUUGUCAUUGCAACACCUGGAAGACUGAAUGAUCUUCAGAUGAAUGACUUAAUAAAUCUAAAAAGUACAACUUAUUUGGUUUUGGAUGAAGCAGAUAGAAUGCUAGACAUGGGAUUUGAGCCACAGAUUAUGAAGAUUUUAAUUGAUGUACGACCUGAUAGGCAGACCAUUAUGACAAGUGCAACCUGGCCUGAUGGAGUGCGUCGUCUUGCAAAAUCUUACUUGAAAGAUCCGAUGAUGGUUUAUGUUGGUACUCUAGAUUUAGCUGCUGUCAACACUGUGGAGCAGAAAGUGAUUAUUAUUCCAGAGGAAGAAAAAAGGGCUUUCACACUACACUUUCUGGACUCUAUGAAGUCUGAAGAUAAAGUCAUAAUUUUUGUUGGAAAAAAAUUAAUUGCGGAUGAUUUGUCAAGUGAUUUUAGUCUACAGGGAAUUCCUGUGCAGUCCCUACAUGGAAAUAGAGAGCAGUGUGAUCGAGAGCAAGCUCUGGAAGAUUUUAAAGAAGGGAAAGUUAGAAUUUUAAUUGCUACCGAUUUAGCUUCCCGUGGUCUUGAUGUACACGAUAUAACUCAUGUUUUCAACUUUGACUUUCCACGUAACAUUGAAGAGUAUGUACACAGAGUUGGUCGCACUGGAAGGGCUGGACGUACAGGUGAAUCGAUAACUCUUUUCACAAGGAAAGACUGGAAAUUUGCAGAAGAGUUAAUUGGAAUAUUGGAACGUGCAAAUCAGGAGGUUACAGAUGAAUUAUUUGAAAUGGCUGAACGAUACAAAAAAUUUAAGAUUAAAAAAGACAGUGAAAGAGGCCUUGUACCACAACGAAGAAAAUGGCGUGAAAACUAUUAA